GACAGUUUUUUUUCUUUCUUUCUUUUUUUCUUUAUUAGACCACUCCUUUUUUCCCUCGGUCUCCAAUCCUCUUCCUCACUUCCUCUGCGAGCUGCAUACACUGAAACACAAUGUAAAAGUACAAGAAGCGACAGAGCCGCCAUAGAUAGAGCCGCAUCGGUAGCUUGCCUGGCCCUGGUUGAGAGGGCAGUCUGCUGGAUGGCAAGUGAAAUAAGAGCUUUGAAAGCGGUCAGCGAGCCCCCGCCAGCCCGCGUAACGCAGCCCUGCGCUCCCGUCCGUUCCUGAGCGUGCAGCAUGACGCCGGAUGGGAGCUGAUUCACACACAGACACAUACAGUAACACGGUGUUUCUUCGGUGAAGUUACUCCGGAGCUGCUGGAAGCAGAUUGAUACCAUGCAGGUGAACGAUGGCCCCAGCCCUGCCCCCAUGUUCCUGCCUCCCUCCAACGGGAGCACUCACAGGCCGCCGGUGUACGUCCCGGGCAGGAUCGCCCCCGUGCGCUCGCCUCCGAAGACGCCGUCCGCGCUGAAGCCGUCGACUCCACCCGAGCGCCCCGCCACGCUCUCGGUGUGCGAGGAGCAGCAGAAGAGGGAGCGAGUUCACAUCCUGCAGCAGAACAGGAACGCGCUCAUCUGUUUUGGCGUGUCAGCCGGAGCCUUUUUCCUCGUGCUCAUUCUGGCCCUGAGCCUGUCCAAGGAUAUCCUGGACGAAAACUGCCCUCACCACAACCCUGCCCUUAGCAGCUGGAAGCCAGGGCACAGCCUGGAGAGGACAGCGGUCAUUAAGAAGGGCAGGCUGCUCCGACUGGACGCCUCGGGGACGCUGCACUCUGUCAUUAUCCAGAGCGGAGGUAUGCUUGUUUUUGCCGAUGAUUCCGAUGGUUCCAAGAACAUCACCCUAAGGACUCGGCACAUUCUUAUUGAGGACGGGGGCGCGUUGCAUAUUGGUGCACCAAAGUGCCGUUACAGAUCCACCGCCACCAUCACCUUGGUCGGCCGCUCUGACGAGCCAGAGUCUUACAGCCUGCCUGACCUGGGCAGGAAGUUUAUCGGGGUGCGAGCGGGUGGAACGCUGGAGCUCCACGGGACCCAGAAGCUCUCCUGGACAAUGCUGACCAAGACCGUCCCAUCAUCGGGGCUGGCUUCUGGUGGCUAUGCCUUCCAGAGGAACUUCAGCCGAGGCAUAAACCUGCGGGUGGUGGACCAGGACAAUGCCACCGUCAUAUACUCCAACCGCUUCGACACGCACGAAUCGAAGAACGACAGCAGGCAGCUCCACGAGCUGCUGAAAGGGCUGCCCCCGGGCCGCAUCGUGGCCAUGGCUGUGGGAGACUCGGCUGUCAAGAGUCUUCUGGAGGAGACCAAGAGGACCAUCGAGAGCAUUCUGGGAAGUUCUUACGUCAACGAUCUCAAGUACAGGCAAGCGUGGGCGCUGGUGUCUGUGGUGGGGGGCGGGAACGGCUCCUGCGUGGAGGAAGUGCGGGAGCACGAGAACCACGACACGGGCGGACAGGCGCUGGCGCGCAAGGAGUUCAUCACGGUGGAUGGGGUGCGCUUCAGCGUCAGUGCGUACAGCGAGUGGAAGAACGGCUUCCCCAUAUCCGGUUUCCAGGUGGAUGCUGUAGACCAGGUGGUGCUUAACCUGAAGGAUGACGCACGGAGCUGGAGGCCGGGAGAUCGCAUCGUGGUCGCCAGCACCGACUACUCCAUGUACCAGGCUGAGGAAUUCACCCUGCUGCCCUGCCCCCAGUGUAACCAGAACCAGGUCCGCAUACAAGGAAAACCCCAAUUCACGCACGUGGGCGAGAUCCUCGAUGGGAUCGAUAUGAGGGCGGAGGUUGGCCUCUUGACCCGGAAUAUCCUGAUCCAAGGGGAGACAGAGAACGCCUGCUAUGGAAACAACUGGUGCCAGUUCUUCACCUAUGAUACUUUUGGGGGACAGAUCAAGAUCCUCGGGAACUUCAGCGCCGCGCACCUGUCCCACGUGGAGCUGAAGCACAUGGGGCAGCAGGUCAGGGGCAGCUAUCCGCUGCAUUUCCACAUGUGCGGCGACGUGGACCAGCGCGGCGGCUACAGCUCGCCGACCUCCGUAGACGCCCUGUCCAUCCACCACUGCUUCUCCCGCUGCAUCACCGUCCAUGCCACCCACGGCCUGCUGAUAAAGGAUGUUGUUGGUUACCACACCCUGGGGCACUGCUUUUUCCUGGAAGACGGCAUCGAGCAAAGGAACACCUUCUUUCACAAUCUGGGCCUGCUUACUAAGCCCGGUACCAUUCUACCCACAGACCGCAAUGAGACCAUGUGCACUUCGAUCCGAAACAAUGUUUAUGGGAGUUACGUCCCGGUACCAGCAACGGAGUGCAAGGCUGUGUCCACAUUCUGGAUCGCCAACCCGAACAAUAACCUCAUCAGCAACGCUGCAGCGGGCUCUCAGGAUGCCGGCAUCUGGUUCGUCUUCCACGCGGCCUCGACCGGCGAAUCCCACGGGCGUGUCCCCGAAACGAGGGCGGAGCUCACCCCGCUGGGGGUCUUCUAUAACAACAGGGUGCAUUCCAACUUCAAGGCUGGCCUAUUCAUCGACAAGGGUGUGAAGACCACAAACGCAAGUGCUGCUGACCCUAGAGAGUACCUGUGCUUGGAUAACAGUGCCAGAUUCCGACCUCAUGAGAAUGCAGACCCAAAGCGGCCUCGAGUCGCAGCCGUUAUUGACACCCUGAUCUCCUUCAAGAAUAAUGACUUGGGUGCCUGGAUCCGUGGUGGGGACAUCGUCAUUCAGAACUCAGGAUUUGCAGACAAUGGAGUUGGACUGUCAUUUGCAAGCGAUGGCAGCUAUCCAAAGGAUGAAGGCUCCAGCCAGGAGGUCUCCCAGUCCCUCUUCGUGGGCGAGAGCAAGAACCGCGGCUUCAACGGCGGACAGAACAAGUACUGGGGAGUCGGCGGGGUGGAUGGCAAGAUGAGGACGCUGCCCAGGAACAAGACCUUUCCGAUCCGGGGCUUCCAGAUCUACGACGGCCCAGUUCGCCUCACCAACAGCACGUUCAAGGGCUAUGUCCCCACCGCCGAUCGCUACACCAGUGCCGUGGGCUUCAACCUGAAGAAUACCUGGCAGCUCACCCCGCGGAACAACCUCUCGGGCCUCUCCUUCCAUCCCAGAGAAGGCCUCAAGGCGUUCUUUGGGAAACCUGGCCAGUGGUUUGAGGACAACGAUCUGGACGGGGAUAAAAAUUCAAUUUUCCACGAUGUGGACGGCUCUGCGACGGGCUACCCAGACUCUUAUGUGGCGAGGAUGGACAACUUCCUCAUCCGCCACCCCCAGUGCGUCAACGUCACCGAGUGGAACGGGGUGAUCUGCAGCGGAAGGUAUUCUCAGGUAUACAUUCAGACCCAGGGAGCCUCGAACGUCAGCGUUUCCAUCGCCAGGGAUGAGUACCCGCAGAAGCCCAUGGUGCUGAAGGGAAUCAACAGCCCUGGGGCGUCGUCACAGCAGUACCAGCCAGUGCUGAUGAUGUCGAAGAGCUACACGGUGCACUGGAAGGGGCUUGCCCCCCGCGAGGUCGUGCUGUCCCUCAUCAAUUUCGACAAAGGAGACCGGGUCCAGAUGGGUCUCUGUUACCCCACCGACACCACAUUCCAUGUCAUGUCUGAUAUAAACGACCGUCAGAGCAAUAUUUUUGACAACAUGGAGGAUUACCGCUCUGCGGGUUCCCUGGAUGAGCUUGAGAAAAGCCCCCUGGAUCGGAAGUACUACUUUGACAGCGGUACAGGACUUCUCUGGCUGUCCCUGCGGGCGAGACACAGCCGGGAGGGGCAGAGCUACUGCUCCAGGAGGGGCUGCGAGAGGGUCAAAGUCACCGCCACCACAACCUCAAAACAGGCCAGCGACUGCAUGGCCAAGGCCUACCCCAAGUACGCCAGAGCUCCGCAAGCCGAAGUGCCGAUGCCCGAGCCGGUCACGGCACCCUGCAGAAACUGCGGCGCCACAAAGCUGGUCUUCACAAAUGAUCCCGAAAAUACCUACCUCCAAGUUCAGAUCAAAUCACUCAGCCAGCAGGAAGUGGAGAAGGGCGAUACAGACUCAUUCGUCGCCGUGGACGGUGAGAAGUUCUCCUUCACAGACCCUGGUUUCUUCUGGGUCACUGUGGAUGCUUGUACUGGUAAAGUCACAAAGAAGUCAUUUUUCUCCAAGCUGGACUCUAAAAUGGAACAGUAUGUAAAUAGUGGGAUCCCAAAGAGCUCCAUUGUUCUGCUUGCAACAAGAGGACAGCUUGAUGGUCAGGGUGAAGUUGCACAGUACCUGGUUGCUUUGGGAACAGCUAAAGCAGCAGACUUGCAGAAGAAAGAGAGCUUGGCUUUCUUUGGAUUCCAAGGUUCUCGUGUCAUACCUCCUUGGGCCGGUCUGUUUACUCCCCAAGAGGCCGGGAAGCUGGAAGUUCUCGAGAAGUAUGUUCCUCUGGGCCUUGAGGAGUACGGUUGUGCACAGGCUGAGAAAUCAAAGCAGAAAGAUCUGGAACUUCUAACAGAAAUUUUAACCAAAGUAUGAACUUUUCUAGCAAAUGUGAAAACUAGAAUGAAUGUGAACUCAAGAUUGAGCUUUAUUUAUGGCAGAAAUGUUUACGGAUUGUAUAGAAAGGUUUUUUUUUUUGUUAGUUUUUUUGUUUUUUAAGUGUUGCACUUUCUUCAAGACAAAUUCUCAGCCACAACCAAAGCCACAUCAGCAAAGAAAUUGAGAACGAGAGUUUAAUCCUUUUAAAGCAUUGAUGUGAUCCAGUGCCUUUAACAAAGUUAGAAAAAAAACUAUUUCAGGUCAUGUUAAAUGAUGAAAACUGGACAGAGAACAUUCUACCAUCUUAAAGAAUUGUUUGCAGUUUUGCACAUCUGUCUUUUAUGUCAGUUAAAUACACGGCAAAAGAACUUUGGAUCCUUAAAUGUCGCUUGACCUGAAUUAUCAGAAUAACAAGCUGUUUUUCUUUCCUCUAAAAUUCCAGCCACUUCAUCCGAGUUUUAGAAGUGAUUAAUGAACUGGGUUUAUGUCAUGAUAUGUUUAUUGUCUGAUUUAUUUUUUUGUAGGGGUGGAGAAAUUAUCACAUUCACGUAAUUUAAAAAAGAUUUCUCUCAGUGCACAAAGUGAUCUGUAUCCAGUGCCUUUAAACAACUAGAGCAGGGCUCUAUAUUGUGGCGUUAACAGUUAUUUUGUGGAUGGCGCCAAACUGCACUGCUGGCUCAAACCCGAUAAUACUGUCCUUUUCACCAGCUGCUAUGCCUCAAGUGGUGCUGUUGCAGAAAUUUAAAGGCGGCCAUUUGAGAGAGAAACAAGCCCUGAACCUCUGUCUUUCGUUGUGAGCUUGCUGUUAGGCAUCACCUGCUUCUUAACCACUGAAUUGUGAUUUUUUUUUUAUAUAUUUUUUUUUCUUCCUAUCAUACUAUGUAUUUUAAAAGACAAAAAAGGGCCUGUUUUGUUUUGCCAUCUGAAGUUAUUCCUCUUGAACUACUGACAGUAAGAAGGUUCAAGAGCUGUUUCACUUGUAUGUGUAAUGAAUAUUUUAUAUAUUUGAAAAUGUUUUAAAACAGUAAAUGAGUUUAUUUCCCUCUAGCUUUUUUUAUUACUUUUAAUUGCUGCGUGACAUUGAACAAAGUGGAAAAUGAUAAAUGUUGAAACUUUUUUAUUAAGAAAAGUAAAUGUUGCCCUUUAUUGUAUUAAAAUUGUUUUCAGUUGUCAGGGUACAUGUAUACUUCUAAAGUUACUCAAACCAGCAUGAAAAGAUCAACAAAAAUGCAAUAAGGUGAUGAUGAGAGGCAGGAUAUAAAGCUUAUGGGCAGAGUUGGGUAAUUCAGGUCCAGAGAGUAAAAGUCCAGACUUUCUUUCAAUCAACCAGUUAAGCAUAAAGAGUCAGUCACAGAGUACUCAACUGGUUGGUUAAAACAGAAUCCUGGUCUGGACUUUUACUCUCUGGACCUUAAUUACCCAACUCUGCUUAGGGGUGUGUGGUAGUUUGGAUUCAAGCCCUAAUCCUGAGUGUUCACGAUAUCCUCCCCCCAUAUGGGUUUGCCUGGGAAACCCCUGCUUCCACGCCCCCCAAGGCAUGCCAUUAGAUGGCCUGACAGCUCCCAUGCAGGCUGUUCUCCUGCCUGUGCUGGAUGCUGCCUGGUAUGGGCUCCAAGCCCCUGGCACAGGGUGUAGAACAUGAACUGAAAAUUAACGGAAGGUUUUUUUUAAGAUGUGCAUGUGUCUAUCUGGGUUUUAAAAAAAAUAUCAAGCAAUAUAUAUGAAGCAAUUUAAAGUCGACGUUACUAGAUAGCUACGUGCAGUGGUGUUGGGGGGUGUGAUGUAUAUCGUGAUGGGCACACACGCAAUAGUCACAUCGAGAACGGUUAAUACGUACGAAAGAUUUUUAAAGUUAUUUUGCUAAAAUGCAGUCCCCAAUCUUCGUUUGAUAAACAUAAAGCCUUAAUCAGAUUACUAACCGUAGCAUACCGCAAUGUUAAGACAUGUGUUCUAUGGAAAUAAAUGUGGAGUUCAUGAAUGAUGUCGUUUGGCCAACACUUGUAAAAUUAAUCGCUUAUUUAUAUGUGAGGCCCCGGUUUUCUCUCGCCCACUCCAGCGUUUAUCACAUAGCCUGUGACUUUAUGCAAGGAGCUAUACUGUACGUGAUGAUAUUGUGCCCGGAAAAGGAAAAAACUGUGAUCAACAGCCGGGCCGUUAUGAUAAAACGAUUAACAUCGGUUUUAGAUGGGGGGGAAUAGUGACGAACUCGGAGUGAAAAGCAUAUUAUAUCCUCUUUGCAAAAAUACUUUGUAUGAAAAGUAUGCAUUUUUUCCAAAAUAUUGCCAAAGUGCAUCUAACAUUAAAUGUAGCUUUGUUCCCAUAAACGCUUCUCAGCUGAAAGGUUUCUAAAAGUAUCGCUUCGCUUUUGCAGUAUUGUAUAUAUUGUAUUUAUGCUGUUAAGUACUGGUUAUCUUACUCUUAAGUCCUUUAACGAUGAAGACACUUUGAAAUCGUAGGGUGAUUUUGUUCCCCUGUUUUUUCAUAGCCUCGCCACACUGCCUCUGUAUUAUCGGUCAUUUAUUGCCUUUAAAACAUCAGAUGUGUGUUCAUGUAAGGCCAAGGAAAAUAAAACGAUGUGAUGACCCACCAUCUGAGCACACGAUGAAAGCACAAAAAGGACAGAAUGCUUUAAGUAUAGUAAACUAAACUUAUAGGUAAAAGUUAAUUUCGAUUACGAAAGCAGAAUUGUAGGCCUCAGAUAUGCCACAGGCGAGGCUCAGGUCACUAAAUACAACCUUAGUAAACUAACUACCAGUAUGUCUGCAUAGUACGAUCCAGCGUUUUACCCGUAUAAGUAAAAUGAAUGUCGACUGAAUCCAGUUCAAUUGUAUCAGGCGGUAACGUAUACCAACGCCGGUUUUUAUUAUUGUAAUUUUAUAAUUUAACAAUUGAUUGAAUUCUUGCCACUAGGUGGAGAUGUAGUACCGUGACACUAACGUUAGUAUUGCCUUAUUCAUAAAGUAGUGCUUUUUAUGCAGUGUUAAGAUGUGUUUGUAAUAACCUUUUUCAGCUCCUGUUCUGGCACAUUGUGGCGUGAGAGUAAUCGUGUAGGUGUGCAGAUUUCUGGGAGUGAGUGGGAAGAAUAUUUUUAUUAAUGCUUUGACGCUGCUACUGACGUGAAAUUAUUGAUAUGUAUUAUUUGAAAAGUGUUUUUACCAAUAAAUUAUUGAAUUGUA